AAUGUAUAAAGCAGACCCAGAUGCUGUCUGUUCAAUGUAAACGCCUCGCUUAAAAUAACUUCAGCUCGUAGUUUGCAGUUGACAAAAAGUCGGAGAAGUUAAAACUCAGAGCAAGAUGGCGGACUGACCUCCAGGAGGCGCUGCGCUGCGGAAUAUCGCUCCACAUGCCGUCUGGGGUGUUUCCGUGUAUGAGUUUUUGAGUAAGGAGCUGGAUUUUGCUGUUAUAAUGCCUCUGAAGAGAGUUGUGAUUGUGCCUGGGAACGGCGCAGGAGAUGUUGAGCGUAGCAACUGGUACGGAUGGGCCAACAAACGAAUAAAUGAGAUUCCAGAUCUGUCUUGUGCACUGAAGAACAUGCCGGAUCCUGUAACGGCCAGAGAGAGCGUCUGGCUGCCGUUCAUGGAGAAGGAUCUGAAAUGUGAUGAAGAAACGCUCAUCAUCGGACACAGUUCAGGAGCGGCCGCAGCCAUGAGGUAUGCAGAAACACACAAGGUUUUUGCCAUUAUUCUGGUGGGCGCCUACACAUCACAUCUGGGAGAUGAGAAUGAGCGUGAGAGCGGAUAUUUCAGCCGACCAUGGGAAUGGGAAAAGAUACGAGCAAAUGUGGAGUACAUCCUUCAGUUCGGCUCUACAGACGACCCGUUUUUGCCCUGGGACGAGCAACAGGAAGUUGCUGAUGGACUGAAGACAGAUUUACAUAAGUACUCGGACCGCGGACAUUUCCAGAACACAGCCUUCCCAGAGCUCAUCGAUGCAGUAAACAAGCUGAAAACCAACAGCUAAACAUCAACCCUGUUUAAAAGGUCUGUUUUGGGCGCCAGAUGAAUCUUUUGAUACAAGAAGUGAAGGAAACUUACAAUUGUGUAAUACAAAUCUUAAAUUUUCAGCACAAGUAGAUCUUCAAAUACAGUAGUGUGUAGAAAUCAAAACAUCUGCACUCAAAUGGCCAUGAUGGGACAAAAUACACAACGUCAGAUUACUGCAACAGCUUAAAUCAAUGAGCACAUCUGAGCGAGCAUCAUCCCCAGUUCACACACGAGUGGUCAAACUUUACAAUGAGCUUUCAUUAGUUUAAUGUGUUCACUAACAUGACUUAUGAACAGUGUUUGUAGAAGCAUAGCUCAACGUCUAAAUGCAUGCUGGGUAGCGUUAGUUAAUGCACCAUGAGUUCACAAACUGUAUGAACAUGAACAAAUGCUGUAAUAAACUGUGUGUUGUGCAUUGUUUACUGUUUUAGUAAAUGCAUUAACUAAUACAACCUUACUGUAAAGUCUAAUAACAUGCCUUACACAUGAAAGUUAGCAGGUGAAUUGUGGUUAUAGCACCAUUUGUUGAAGGUCAAUAAAAAGGUUUCAUUGAUGUAUACACACUCUCUGAUUGAUCAUUUAAUAG